AUGGAUGUCACUCCCGAACUGCAAAAUGCCGUGCAGGCUCUGCUCGAUGACACAUCCCUCCCGCUACUUAGCCGGUGGCAGCGAGUAGCUGACAAGCUGGUCGAGGGUGGACUGGCAUGGCGGGCGAAGUUGCAGGCGAGCAGCAUGCUCGUCCACAACCUCAAUCGCGGCGGUCUAGGGGUCAGUGGACAUGGCUGUCACCUCAAAGGGGAAUCCCUGGUCAAAUCCGGCUUCGACAUGAAAUUCCUUCAUUCAGCUGUGUGCAUCGAAAUCAGCCACGAGCCCAGCCGACUGGCUGAACAGUUGGAGUUCAACCGCAAGUUGGUGGAGCAAGCCUGCGGGCUCUUGGCGCCGGUGCAUGGUGCAGAAAGGUAUUUGUCGGUGUCCUGCGGCCACACAACUCAGUUUGUGAAGGCCAUCCUCUCCAGUUGCCCGACACCCGUGCAGUCCCUCGCAGACCAGACAGGCCGGCUGAACAGGGAGGCCUUGGGCAGAGAUGGCCAUCUCAACGAGAUGCUUUCGGAAGGGUGGACUUGGCUGGUUAUUAGCUCUCGGGCUGAGUCUGCCUUUCCGCAGCUGCCCUCACUGGCCGAAAAGGCAUUGAACAGCUCCAACUCAGCUUUCACGGCGGUGAUGGAAGUAGAGAGCAUGCUUCACAUGCAUGAGAUCAUGAAGAAGCAGAUCGCUGAGGGCAAGGAGAUCGAUGUUGAGGCCGUCGCCUCCCAGGUG